AUGAAAACGUUAACUUUAUAUUUAAAAAUUACUACAUUCCUUCUUUUAAUUUGGAUGUAUGAAUGUUUUUAUAACUGUGAUUCCUAUAAAACAUUGAUUGAUAAAAAUAUAUUGCAAAUAAAAAAUGUGUUAAAAUAUGAAAGAGUAUUAACAGAGGGUGACAUAGCAGGAGAAAAACAAACUAACGCUGAAGGAUGCCAAGAAGAAUGUCCAUUAGAUAAUGAAAAAAACAAAUGUAAUAAUCCAGUUCAAUACAAGAAUCAGUGCGAUCCACAUCAUGGAGUCAAAACUCCAUCAUUGUGGGAGAGUUUUGAUAAAAAAGCAAAAGAAAUAGACCCUAAAUUGAGAGAGCAAGAAUUGAAUAUUGAAUUGAGAAAAAUUUCACAUGAAAACGUUGAUCCAUUUUCAAAAAUUUAUCAACGACACAAUCCUGAUGAAGGAAGACAAAUAUUAAUUCUUAGCGUUACGAAAGAUCACUCAGACUUAAAGAAAUUAUUAGACGAAUGCAGAAAAGAGAAGAGAGACAAUAAAGCAGAAUCAGAAUGUAAGAAAGAAAUCGAAGAAAAUAAAACAGAAUUGGAAUCUAAGAAAUUGAUGAUAGACAAUAAAACAGAAUUGGAAUCUAUGAAAGAGAUGAAAGAAAAUAAAACAGAAUCCGAAUCUAAGAAUGAUAUGAGAGACAAUAUAACAGAAUUCGAAUGGAUGAAUGAGAUGAUAAAAAAUGAAACGGAAUGCGAAUCUGAACCUGAGAAUGAGAUGAGAGAAAAUAAAAAAAAAAAUAAGAAAUCAAAUAUUUUGAAAUUUCUUUUUUGUUGUUGUGAUAACCAUUAA